CCCGUAUCGCUACCCCUGAAGCCCGAAAACUCGUGCACUGUAUUUUACUACUCUGACCCUUACCCCGACGCCGCGUAAGGACGGGAAACCGCAAAGGACCACUACGCGAUCACAAAGAUGGCCCAGGACGAGCUGGCGGAGAUCGCUGGCGUGAAGCCCCUGCGCGUACUGGCCGACGGCGAGGAGGUCGAGGCCAAGUCGCAGUCCAGUAAGAGCGUGUAUAAAGUCAAACGCACGGCGGACCAUUACCACUGCACGUGUCCGGCGUGGAGAAACCAGAAGGGCGUCACGGUGGACGCGCGGACGUGUAAACAUCUGCGCGCGAUCCUGGGCGACGCGUACGAGGACGCGCGGAUCGCGGCGAAAGGAGGGGCCGCGACCGGUGCUGCGAAGGCGAAGGGGGGCGCGAAGCGGAAGAAGGCGGCUGACGAGGAGGUGGAGGCGGAUGGCGGAGAGGAGGACGAGAAGCCCGCGCUGCGGAGCAGCAAGAGGGUAAAGACCGCCUCCGGUUCCAAUCCGCCCUCGAAGGCCAAGCCCCCAUCCAAGCCGAAACCUGCAUCGAGGGCCAAACGAACGCUCAAAGUCGAAGAGCCUGACGCGGACGGUGACGAGGAAGACCCGAUGGAGGUCGACGGACCCCAGGCGGAGGGCGACGAGAAAGCCGUGGCUGCGGACGAAUUGAGCGAGGACGAGAUGGCUUGUAUCGACGGCGUACGGCCGGCGGUGUACCUCAAAGAUGGCGAGGAGAAGGAGGUGCAGUCGCAGUCGAAGGGCAAAGGGAAAGCGGCGGGCGGAACGGUGUACAAGAUCAAGCGGACCUGGGACCACUAUUACUGCUCGUGCCCCGCUUGGCGGAAUCAGAAGGGUGUCGUGACGGAAGCGAGGACGUGCAAACACCUGCGCGCCACGCUCGGCGACGCGUAUGAAGAUGCUCGGAUCGCGCGCAAACAGGCGCAAGGUGCUCCUGGCGUGACGGGCGCGCCUGACGCGUCAAAAGCGGGUUCGAAACCCGCGUUGAAGCGCGGCAAGCUCGCAUCCACGUCCAAGGCGAAACCGGAGAGCGCGGCGUCCAAGCCCGCGUCGUCGACGAGGGCGACAAGGGGGUCUCAGCGAGAGACGAUCGAGGAAGAGGAAGCCGAAGACGCCGAAGGCGAAGUCAAGGAAGAGGAGGGUGCGAGCGACCAUGGCGGGGACGCAGAAGGCGAGCGGGCUGCGGCCGAUGACGCGGAUGAGCUGGCAGUUGUCGGCGGCGUGCGUCCGGCUGUGUACCUCAAGGACGGCGAGGAAAAGGAGGUACAGUCUCAAUCGAAAGGGAAGGGCAAAGCAGCGAGCGGGACGGUGUACAAGAUCAAGCGGACAUGGGACCAUUAUUACUGCUCAUGCCCCGCUUGGCGGAAUCAGAAGGGCGUCGUGACGGAGGCCAGGACGUGCAAACACCUCCGCGCUACGUUAGGCGAUGCGUACGAGGACGCCCGAAUCGCGCGCAAGCAAGCACAAGGCGCUCCGGGUGUGACUGGCGCGCCUGACGCUUCCAAGGUGACGUCCAAGCCUGCCUCGAAGAGCGGCAAGCCCGCUUCUUUGUCCAAGACGAAGCCACAGAGCGUAGCGUCUUCGUCCAGGGCAACACGGGAGUCGAACCGAGAAGCGAUUCAAGAGGAGGAGGCCGAAGACGCUGAAGACGAAAUCAAGGAGGAGGAUGAGGUCGAUGAGGUCGAGGAGGUCGAGGAAGACGAGAAGCCUAACGACUCACCGGGAUUGGCGGAUGAACUAGCGUGCAUCAACGGGGUUCGACCGAAGGUGUACAUGAAAGAUGGUGACGAGCGUGAAGAGAAGAGCAUGACGAGUUCAUCAGUAUACAAGAUCAAGCGGACUUGGGAUCACUAUUACUGCACCUGCCCAGCGUGGAGGAACCAAGGCGGCAUGCCGGUCAACGCGCGCUCGUGCAAACAUCUGCGGGCGGUACUCGGGGACGAGUAUGAGGAUGCGAGGCUGACGUUGAAAAACCCGCACGGGUUCAAACCGGCGUCGAAGGGCAAGGGCAAAGCGAAACCGCGGUCGAAGAAAACGAAAGGGGACGGCGGAGAAGACGAAGACGAAGACGAAGACGCGGAUGCGGACGACAACGCCGGUACUCGGAGGGUCCCUGAGCUGCUCCUCGCGAAUAAGUGGGACCUCGAAAAGGGACCGGACCCGACGGGCUGGUGGAUGUCCGAAAAGCUUGACGGCGUUCGGACGUACUAUGACGGGGUGGCGAACAAGAUGUACAGCCGACUCGGGAACGCGUUCACGCCACCGGAUUGGUUCUUGGACAAGCUCCCCAAGGAUAUCACACUGGAUGGCGAGCUCUUCGGUGGACGCGGCGAAUUCCAGAACACGGUGUCCAUCGUCAAGACAGUCAACUCGCCACAUUGGCAGGGUAUCUCGUUCCAGAUCUUCGACGUGCCCUCCAUGGGCGAAGAACCCUUCGAGGACCGCCUCGCGUUCCUGGAGCGCACGUUCGGCGAAAACGGGGAGAAACGGCAGGCGCAGAUCGAGGUUGUGAAGCAUGAGCGGGCGGAGAGCAGGGAGCAUGUGAUGAGCAAGCUGGAGGAGGUGGAGAGAUUGGGCGGCGAAGGGCUGAUGUUGCGGAAGCCCGGGUCGUUAUAUGAAGGGAGGAGAUCGAGCACGCUGCUCAAGAUCAAGAGCUUCUACGACGCCGAGGCCCGCGUGGUGGGAUACGUCCCCGGGAAGGGCAAGUACAAGGGGAUGACGGGAGCGUUGCAAUGCGUCAUGGCGUCUGGCAAGAAAUUCGCGGUCGGCACUGGGAUGUCGGAUAAGCUACGUCAAAACCCGCCGAAGGUCGGGACGAUCGUCGUGUACCGGUUCCAGGAGCUCACCCGGGACAGCGUACCGCGGUUCCCGUCGUACGUGGGCGAGGCAGUCGAUAAGACGGAACCGAAGGACGCGGAGGUGCCGGAGCAUCGGAAGGUGGUGACGGGCGGCGACGAUGCGUGAGGACGAUGAUGGUCGCAUAUGCUAUGCUUGAGGAGGAUGAAG